CGUAGCCGAUUGAAGCAAAUUUGUACGGGUCGGGAUGUUAUUUUGCGUAGCAUGCAAUGUCAUUAUUACCUACACACAUAAAGUAAAUGUAAUUGUAAGUCAGAAUUAAUGCUAUUUCUAAACGAAUCAUCUAUUUUGUUUUAACUGGAACCAUCUUUUCAGCAAUGUUCUUCUUUUACACAAUAAUUAAUUUGAGAGGCCAAAGCAUUUGAGAGCAGGAGUAGAGGUGAGAGCGAGACCAUGUCGCUCUCUCAUAAGGGCUCUCCGCGACGUCCACUCAUCCCUGGUUUAGAGGAAAGUCAGGAGCUGCGGUUGCCUGUUGGUCUUGUGGAUGCUGAGCGGUUGAGGGCGAGGCUUAUAUCAGUGGCCCCCAGCCAGGCACAGCGCGACCCCAAUGUCCUCGUGUUCACCCACAGCACCAAGGCGCAGGAGCGUCGGAAGGCUGCACAAAAAACACAACAGUUAGAGAUACUGCCUGUCCUGAAAAGGUAUCAGGAACAGAGCCAGCCUAAGCACAUCCACAAGAAGAACCGCGAGCGGCUGCUCAGUGCAGGCUGGAGGCCUGCAGCCUCUCCGUCAGUCGUGGCAGACUGGAUGAGCACCUCGUUGGAGAGGCAGCCAUCAGCAGUGCGCCUUCCAGAGCUGCCUGACCAUGUCAAAGAAAAGCAGGUACAGCUGGGGCUAUGCACUCCCACUCCUCCCAAAGGACUGCCCUCUGGCAAAGGCAGAGCGGUUUCCAUGGCACUGCCUAGCCCAGUUCCACGUCUGUCCAGUCCGCUGCUGUUUAAUUCUGUGGAGGAGGUGGUCCGUGCCAGGCUACACUCACCCCCAGAAAUAGUCCGCACCAUCCAAAAUAACCCUCACCUGGGGUUUCUCUACAUGAUGUCAACAGCGCCCAAGUCAUCUGUCCACUAUGAUCCCUACAAUCUCAGAAUCCUGACGUACGAGAACAUCAACAAGCACGACUACUACACCAUCAGCCAGCACGGCGUGACGUACAACUGCAACGGCGAGGUGGACUUCAUGCCACUGGAGCGCUGGGAGUACGAGUACCGCUGCUACCGCCGCCUCCAGCGCAUCCCCACCUUCGUGCGGUUCCGCCGCUGGAGGGCCUUCAGUGUGUGGCGGACCAACGUGCGCUCCAAGAAGAUCGACCAGUGCAAGCGCGCGCUGCAAGAGAACCUGUUCAUCGUCAACGAGUCUCUGCGUCCAGCGUUGAUUGACAUCAGAGAGAUGUGCUACCGCAUCAGUGACAUGGGGCUGUGUCGCAUCGAAGCCAACCGCACUUACUCCCUCAAAGACUUCCAGGACGAGCAGUACAAACAGCUGAAGGAGGUGGCCUCUCGUCUUGGGGAGUUCAGAGAGUUGGUAAAGGAGGUGGCUAGGAGUGCCUGCCGCACUGCCAUGGUGGAGGCUGGCUACACCCCUGACUAUGGCACAGAAGAGCUAGGAGAGGGAGCCGAGGCGAAGACUCUCCACGAGCUGGAGCUGAUGAUGUACGAGGACCUCCCGGACUUGAUGAGCUACACGGAGCAGGCCAAGAAGAGAUACCACUGCAGCCGCCUCACCUGCUUCAUCAGGCUGUCGGAUUACCUGAUCGUAAACACGCUGCACAUCCUGGUGGUGAACUCUGUGCAGAAGCUGCUGAGAAGCCUUAGGGAGCAGAUUCAGCACACCCCGCCUAACGAGCUCAUCCACAGCUGGGCCAGCACCGAGUCCAGCCCUCCUGACCCGGAGAAGAAGGCUAAUGUGUCAGAGCAAAAUGGAAAGACCCCUCUUCAGCCCAUGUUCAUUACUGAACUUAUGCUGGAAACCCAUGCACUGUGUUAUGAACCAUCUGUUGAUGAUUUUGAGAUUUGUGUUGCAGAGAUCAUCAGCAGUUUUCAAAACACUGUCCUGUCAGUAAACACCCUGGUUCCGGACUCUUAUUUUGAUGCCUUCACCGAGCCCAUGAUAAACAAGAAGAUUGAAGAGAAGACUUGUGGAGAAGGCCCUAGUCUAGAAUGUAUCCUGGAAUAUGACGAUGACUUACAGGACAUCAUUCACAACAUCAAGAAAUCUCUUCAGUUUGCAUUCAACACUGCAAACAUCUAUGCCCAUACCUUUGAGCCAAUCCGCUUGUUCUACAAAGAGAAUGAAAAUCUGGACCUGCAUGCCCUUCGUCAACAAGACCACGGUGUGGGGUUCUUUGCAGAGAGUUUGAAGAAGUAUCACAGUGAGCACCAACAGGCUCUGGCCAUCCAGCAGAAGAGGCACCUGGGGAUGCUGCUGGUGGACACCACCCAGCUCAAGGGCACGCUCAUUCCCUCACCACUGCGUUGCCUGGAGGCAAUCAAUGACAUGCUGCCCCUGCUUGCCAAGAAGAAGAUGGACUCCAUCAUUGCUGAGGUUCAGGAUGCCCAGUUCAAACUGGAGUUCGCCCCCUCUUCUACUUUAGACUAUGUCAACUCACUGACCUUCCUCGAGGAGAUCCAGGAAAGGAUUGAGGUCCUAGAGGAGCAGACGGAAACGGUGUCUCAGAUGUACAAGCUGAUCGAGCAGUACUCUGUCCCCACGCCCCCCGAGGACUUUGCCGUCUACGCCACGCUGCGUCCGUCCAUCACAACCGUGAGGAACUCCAUCGACAAGGGCGUGGGCGAGAGGGACGCCAACGUGGAACGCUUCUGCAAGCAUCUGCAGAAAGACAUCAGCGCGGUCAACGUUGAGGUCAAGCGAGUCAAAGAACAGGCACAGGACAGACAAAUCUUGGAAGUCCAUUCAGACAAGACCAAGGUCCGCUCGAUCCUGGGUGAGAUCCAGAUUUCCAUAGAGGAGUUGCAAGCCAUGUCCUUCCAGUUCAAGUCCUACCAGAAGAACUUCAAGGUGGAAGUGACCAAGUUUGAGGCCCUGGAGGAGCUGAGUGCUGAAGUGAAGCUGAAGCAACUGCUGUGGGAUGCACUGGAAGAGUGGGAGGCGCUGGAGAGUGCCUGGUUGGAGUGUAAGUUUGACAAGCUUGACCCUGAGGUGCUGAGCGCCCAGGUGGCGAAAUACAGCAAGUACGUGAACCAGCUGGAGAAAGGCCUGCCGCCCAACACAGUGGUGCCUGAACUCAAGCGCCAUGUGGAGGGCAUGAGGGAGAAGCUCCCAGUGAUCACCAACCUGCGUAACCCGUCUCUGAAGACGCGUCACUGGGAGAUCCUGGAGGCCAUCGUGGGGUCCAAUCUCCUGGAGGAACCCCUCACCCUGUUGGCCCUGCAGGAACUGGACAUCUUCAGCUACGACGCUGAGAUCCAGGAGGUGUCAGGGCAAGCCUCUGGAGAAUCUUCCCUCGAGUCUAUCCUUAAAAAGGUGGAGGACUCCUGGAAGACCACAGAGUUUGUGGUUCUCUCACACCGUGACUCUAAAGAUGUUUUUAUCCUCGGCGGCACCGAUGACAUUCAGGUGCUCCUGGAUGACAGCAUCAUUAAUGUUGCCACUGUGGCCUCCUCUCGCUACGUGGGACCCAUCAAAUCCCGAGUGGACGAAUGGCAAAGACAGCUGACCCUGUUCAACCAGACCCUGGAUGAGUGGCUGGCGUGCCAGAGGAACUGGCUGUACCUGGAGAGCAUCUUCAGUGCGCCGGACAUCCAGCGGCAGCUGCCCGCCGAGGCCAAGAUGUUCCUGCAGGUGGACAAGUCCUGGAAGGAGAUCAUGAGGAAGGUCAACCGCCUGCCCAACGCCCUGCGUGCCGCCACGCAGCCAGGCCUGCUGGAGAUCUUCCAGAACAAUAAUGCCCUUCUGGAGCAGAUCCAGAAAUGCCUGGAGGCCUAUCUGGAGUCCAAGAGAGUCAUCUUCCCCAGGUUCUACUUCCUGUCCAACGACGAGUUGCUGGAGAUCCUGGCACAGACGCGGAACCCGCAGGCUGUGCAGCCCCAUCUGAGGAAGUGCUUCGACGCCAUCCAGCGCCUGGAGUUCGCCCUGCUGCCACCAGGGGGCCCCGCAGCUCCAGAGGGGGAGCCCGAGAAAGUCUACAGCAAUGACAUCCUGGCCAUGGUCUCGCCCGAGGGAGAGAAGGUUUCCCUCGGCAAGGGCCUGAAGGCUCGUGGGAAUGUGGAGGACUGGCUGGGAAAGGUGGAGGAAGGCAUGUUCUCCUCCCUGCGUCGUCUCAGCAAGGCCGCCAUUGCUGACUACCAGAGCAAGCCCAGGGAGGAGUGGGUGGUGGCAGGACACCCCUCCCAGGUUGUGCUGACCAUCUCUCAGAUGAUGUGGUGCAGGGAUAUGGAUAACUGCUUAGAGGGAGAUCACGAUCACUUCCAGGCCCUACAGGAGUUUGAACUAAUAAACUUUGAGAGACUGAACACUCUGGCUGCUCUGGUGCGUGGCAACCUUCCCAGCCUGCACCGGAACAUCAUCACCGCUCUGAUCACCACAGACGUGCACGCGCGUGACAUUGUCACUGACCUGGUCAAGCAAAAGGUGGACUCCAGCAGUAACUUUGAGUGGCAGAGGCAGCUGCGGUACUACUGGGAUCUGGACCUGGAUAACUGUGUGGCCCGCAUGGCUCUGUCUCACUACAUCUACGGCUACGAGUACCUGGGAGCCUGCCCACGCCUGGUCAUCACGCCGCUCACGGAUCGUUGCUACCUCUGCCUGAUGGGGGCGCUGCAGCUCGACCUGGGCGGGGCCCCCGCUGGGCCUGCUGGGACUGGGAAAACGGAGACCACCAAAGACCUGGCCAAGGCGCUCGCCAUCCAGUGUGUGGUCUUCAACUGCUCCGACGGACUCGACUACAAGAUGAUGGGCACGUUCUUCAGCGGUCUGGCCCAGUCGGGAGCCUGGUGCUGCUUCGACGAGUUCAACCGCAUCAACAUCGAGGUGCUGUCUGUCAUCGCCCAGCAACUCAUCACCAUCAGGAACGCCAAGGCUGCCAAGUUGUCUCGGUUCAUGUUCGAGGGGCGUGAGAUCAAGCUGGUGAUGACCUGUGCCGCCUUCAUUACCAUGAACCCCGGAUACGCUGGCCGAACAGAGCUGCCCGACAACCUGAAGGCGCUCUUCAGACCCAUCGCUAUGAUGGUACCCAACUACGCCCUCAUCGCAGAGGUGAUCUUGUACUCGGAGGGCUUUGAGUCGAGCAAGACGCUGGCGCGGAAGAUGACUCAGAUGUACAAGCUGUGCAGCGAGCAGCUCUCCCAGCAGGACCACUACGACUUCGGCAUGAGGGCCGUGAAAUCCGUGCUCGUCAUGGCAGGCUCUCUGAAGAGGGCCAAUCCCCACCUGAGUGAGGAUGUGGUGCUGAUCCGAGCCCUCAGGGACUCCAACCUGCCCAAGUUUCUCACAGACGACGCUGAGCUCUUCAGUGGCAUCCUGUCCGAUCUCUUCCCGGGCGUGUCCAUCCCCGAGCAUGACUACGGCGUGCUCAAGUCCACCAUCGAGUGGUCGCUGUGCGAGCGCUCUCUCCAGCCCGUGCCGGCCAUGAUCAGCAAGGUCAUCCAGCUGUACGAGACCAUGCUGGUGCGCCACGGCGUCAUGCUGGUGGGGCCGACGGGCGGCGGCAAGACCACCGUCUACGCCACGCUGGCCCACGCCCUCGAGAAGCUGCACGACGACGGGCACGAGGACCCCUUCUUCAUGCCCGUCAAGAAGUACGUGCUCAACCCCAAGUCCAUCACCAUGGGCGAGCUGUACGGCGAGGUCAACCCGCUCACGCUGGAGUGGAAGGACGGUCUGAUGGCGCUGAGCGUGCGGGCGGGGGUCAACGACCCCAGCGACGACCACAAGUGGGUGAUCAGCGACGGGCCGGUGGACGCGCUGUGGAUCGAGAACAUGAACACGGUGCUGGACGACAACAAGAUGCUGUGUCUGGCCAACAGCGAGAGGAUCAAGCUCACGCCGUCCAUCCACAUGGUGUUUGAGGUGCAGGACCUGGCCGUGGCCUCUCCCGCCACAGUCAGUCGCUGUGGGAUGGUCUACAUUGACGCUGAUGACCUCAAGUGGAUGCCCUACGUGAAGACGUGGCUGGCAGGGCUCUCUCAGAAACUGAGUAACGACAUCCUCUCAUACCUGCUGGACAUGUUUGAGCUGCACGUGGAGAAGGGCCUGCAGUUUGUUAAUAAGCGCUGCGUGCAGGCCAUGGCCCAGGUGGACAUCAGUAAGGUCACUACCCUCUGCUGCCUGCUGGAGGCGCUGCUGCUGGGACCCAAAGCAAAAAACCUCAAAUCAGACCCUAAGAAGCUAAACAGCAUGCUGUGCCAGACGUUUGUGUUCUGCUAUUUGUGGGCAGUGGGGGGGAAUCUGACUGACAGCCACUGGGAUGCCUUUGACAGCUUCGUCAGGCAGCAAUUUGAUGACAACAAUGACGCCAAGCUGCCCAGUUCUGGGGAUCUGUGGAGCGUGUAUAUGGACUUUGACAACAAGCGGCUGGAGCCGUGGGAGCGCAUCAUCCCCAGCUUCAAGUACAACAGCGAGACGCCCUUCUUCGAGAUGCUGGUGCCCACCACGGACACAGUGCGCUAUGGCUACCUGAUGGAGAAACUGCUGUCCAUCAACCACUCCGUCCUCUUCACAGGCAUCACUGGAGUUGGGAAGUCAGUGGUGGCUCGUGGGCUCCUGAACAGCAUCCAGGAUGCCGGCUACGUGCCAGUCUACAUCAACUUCUCUGCUCAGACCUCCUCAGCCCGCACCCAGGAGAUGAUCGAGUCCAAGCUGGAGAAGAAGAGGAAGAACAUUCUUGGUGCUCCGGUCAAUAAGAAGAUUGUGAUUUUUGUGGAUGAUCUGAACAUGCCCAAACUGGACAGCUAUGGCUCCCAGCCGCCCAUUGAGCUUCUGCGUCAGUUCCAAGACUUCAGGGGCUUCUACGACCGAGAGAAGUUCUUCUGGAAAGAAAUACAGGGCAUGACCAUCGCUGCUGCGUGUGCGCCCCCCGGGGGUGGACGCAACCCUGUGACCCCACGCUUCAUACGCCACUUCAGCAUGCUGUGUCUGCCCACCCCGUCAGAGCACAGUCUCAAACAGAUCUUCAAGGCGAUCCUGGGUGGUUUCCUGAGCGACUUCCCGUCGGCGGUGAAGCAGUGUGCGGGCAGCGUGGUGGACGCUGCAGUGGAGAUCUACCACCGCAUGAGCGUUGAUCUGCUGCCCACACCGGCCAAGUCCCACUACGUCUUCAACCUCAGGGACCUGUCCAAGUGUGUGCAGGGGAUGUUGCAGUGUGAGGCUGGCUCGGUGCGUGACCAGACCCAGAUCUUCCGGCUGUUCUGUCACGAGUGUCAGAGGGUGUUCCACGAUCGCCUCAUCAACAACGAGGACAAGACCUACUUCAACACCAUGAUCUCAGAGAUGGCCAGUAAAUAUUUUGGACUUCACCUUGAGCCUGAUUAUUUUGUCAAAAAGCCCAUCAUCUUCGGAGAUUUCAUCAAGGUGGGGGCAGAGAAGGCCGAUCGGCUCUAUGAGGACCUGACAGACAUGGAGAAGAUCCGUAAUGUUCUACAAGACUACCUAGAUGAUUACAACAUGACCUUCUCCAAGGAGACCAAGCUUGUCUUCUUUCAGGAUGCUGUGGAACAUGUGUCUAGGAUUGCUCGCAUGAUUCGCCAAGAGCGUGGCAAUGCCCUGCUAGUUGGCGUGGGCGGCACAGGCAAGCAGUCUCUCACCCGCCUGGCUGCCCACAUGUGCGGCUACCGCUGCUUCCAGAUCGAGCUGAGCCGCGGCUACAACUACGUCAGCUUCCAUGAGGACCUGCGCAAACUCUACAAGAUGGCCGGCGUAGAGGGACAGAACAUGGUCUUCCUGUUCACAGAUACGCAGAUUGUGGUGGAGGAGUUUCUGGAGGACAUCAACAACAUGCUGAACUCGGGCGAGGUGCCCAACCUGUUUGAGAAGGACGAGCUGGAGCAGGUGCUGGCCGCCACGCGGCCCAAGGCCAAGGAAGCGGGCAUCCCAGAGGGCAACCGAGACGAGGUGUUCCAGUUCUUUAUCCAGCGCGUGCGUGAGAAGCUGCACAUCGUGCUGUGCAUGAGCCCCGUGGGUGAUGCCUUCCGGUCACGCUGCCGCAUGUUCCCCUCGCUGGUCAACUGCUGCACCAUCGACUGGUUUGUGCAGUGGCCGCGGGAGGCCCUGUUGUCCGUGUCGCGGACCUUCUUCCUGAACGUGGAGCUGGGCAGCGAGGAGAUGAAGCAGAGCCUGACGGAGAUGUGCGUGGAGAUCCACGUGAGCGUGAGCGAGAUGGCCGAGCGCUUCUACUCGGAGCUGCGCCGCCGCUACUACACCACGCCCACCUCCUACCUGGAGCUCAUCAGCCUCUACCUGGCCAUGCUGGGCAAGAAGAGGCGGGAGCUGGUUAUGGCUCGUGACCGUGUGAAGAACGGUCUGACCAAGCUGCUGGAGACUAACGUGCUGGUGGAGAAGAUGAAGAUUGACCUGUCCGCCCUGGAGCCCGUUCUCAAACAGAAGUCCAUCGACGUCAACGCUCUCAUGGAGAAGCUGUCCGUGGACCAGGAGAAAGCUGACGAGGUGCGGCAUGUGGUUAAAGAGGACGAGGCCCUGGCCAAGGUGAAGGCAGAGGACACACAGGCCAUCGCCAACGACGCCCAGCGGGACCUGGAUGAGGCUCUGCCCGCUCUGGACUGUGCCAACAAGGCCUUGGACUCGCUGGACAAAGCAGACAUCUCCGAGAUCCGCGUGUUCACCAAGCCCCCGGACCUGGUCAUGACGGUGAUGGAGGCCGUGUGCAUACUGCUCAACUCCAAGACCGACUGGGCGAGUGCGAAGCAGGUGCUGGGUGACUCCUACUUCCUGAAGAAGCUCAUGGAGUACGACAAGGACAACAUCAAGCCGCAGCUCCUGCAGAAGCUGGCAAAGUACGUCAACAACCCGGACUUUGUGCCAGAGAAGGUGGAGAAGGUGUCCAAGGCCUGCCGCUCCAUGUGCAUGUGGGUGCGCGCCAUGGACCUGUACUCCAGGGUGGUCAGGGAGGUGGAGCCCAAGAGGAAGAAACUGGCCGCUGCACAGGCAGAGUUGGAUGCGACGAUGGCCACCCUCAAAGAGAAACAGAUGAAACUGCUGGAGGUGGAGAACCAAAUUAAAGUCCUGCAGGACCAGUUUGACAGCAGCGUGGCUGAAAAAGAAGGACUGGCCAAAACCAUGGCUCUGACGGAGACUCGGCUGGGCCGUUCUGGGAAGCUGACCGCAGCUCUGGGCGACGAGCAGGUGCGAUGGGAGGAGAGCAUCGCCUACUUUGAGCAGGAGAUCAACAACGUCACUGGCAACGUCUUCAUCGCCGCGGCCUGCGUGGCUUACUACGGCGCCUUCACCUCCCACUACAGGCAGCUACUGAUUGACCAGUGGAUAGCGCGUUGCCAGGAGCUGGGCAUCACCAUCAGCGAUAACUUUAGUCUGAUCAACAUCCUGGGGGACCCGUACGAGAUCCGCGUAUGGAACGCUGAGGGGUUGCCAAGGGACACCGUCUCCACAGAGAACGGCAUCUUGGUGACACGUGGACGUCGCUGGCCAUUAAUGAUCGACCCUCAGGACCAGGCUAACCGCUGGAUUCGGUCAAAGGAGACGGUGAACGGCCUGAAGGUCAUCAAGCUAACAGACUCGGGCUUCCUACGGACGCUGGAGAAUGCCAUCCGCAUGGGCAUGCCAGUCCUACUGGAGGAGCUGAAGGAAACCCUUGACCCAGCGCUGGAGCCAAUCCUCCUGAAGCAGACGUUUGUGACUGGAGGCAGAACUCUCAUCCGCCUUGGAGACUCGGACAUCGACUAUGACAAAAAAUUUCGUUUCUACAUGACCACCAAGAUGGCCAAUCCUCACUACCUUCCAGAGGUCUGCAUCAAAGUGACCAUCAUAAACUUCACUGUGACCAAGUCAGGCUUAGAGGACCAGCUUCUAAGUGACGUGGUGCGACUGGAGCGUCCUGACCUGGAGAAGCAGCGGAACCAGCUGAUCGUGCGCAUCAACGCUGACCGCAACCAGCUGAAGGCCAUCGAGGACCGCAUCCUCAAGCUGCUCUUCAACUCCAAGGGCAACAUCCUGGACAACGAGGAACUGGUGCAGACCCUGCAGGAGUCAAAGGUCACAUCCGAAGCCAUCAAAUCACGUCUUCAGGAGGCGGAGGCCACCGAGGAGAUGAUCAACGCGGCACGUGAGAAGUACCGUCCGGUGGCUACGCGCGGCUCCGUCAUGUACUUCGUCAUCGCCAGCCUGUCCGAGAUCGACCCCAUGUACCAGUUCUCCCUCAAGUACUUCAAACAGCUGUUCAACACCACCAUCGAGGUGUCGGAGAAGAACAGUGACCUGUCGGUGCGGCUGGACAUCCUGCUGGGCAGCACGCUGCUGGCGGCCUACACCAACGUGUCGCGGGGCCUGUUCGAGCAGCACAAGACCAUCUACAGCUUCAUGCUGUGCGUGGAGAUCAUGCUGCAGCGCGGCGAGAUCAGCAACGCCGAGUGGCAGCAUUUCCUCAGGGGCGCCGCCGGUCUGGACAAGGAGCGGGAGUUGCGGCCAGACGUGAUCUGGAUGACUGACUUCAUCUGGGAGAACUGCUGCGACCUGGAGGACAGGCAUGAGUGCUUCAAGGGUCUCAAGGAACAAAUAGUGUCCUACCCCAUCACCAUCGAUCUGGGUCGUGUGCAGGUGCAAAUCAACCCUACUGACUGGGAGGACUACCUGCCUGAGCCGGAACCCUCAUCAGCGCCAGACGAGCAGCCGGCAGGAAGCCGAAUCAACUGGAACGAAAAGCUGACCAGCUUCCAGAAGCUCAUUCUCAUCAAGUGCUUCACCGAGGAGAUGGUGGUGAUGGGCGUGUCUGAGUUUGUGAUCGUGAACCUGGGGAAGACGUUUGUGGAGAACCCGCCCGUGGAUCUGGCCACGCUCUACGCCGACAUGUCCGCCUCCACCCCACUGGUGUUCAUCCUCAGCACCGGCUCCGACCCCAUGGGAGCCUUCCAAAGGUUCGCUAAGGAGAAGGAAUACUUGGACAGGGUGGAGUCCAUCUCUCUGGGUCAGGGCCAGGGUCCCAUCGCCGAGAAGAUGAUCCUGGAGGCCAUGAAGUCCGGCAACUGGAUCUUCCUGCAGAACUGCCAUCUGGCCGUGUCCUGGAUGCUGGCCAUGGAGGAGCUCAUCAAGACCUUCACCGAGAUCGGAACGGAGAUCCACAACAACUUCCGGCUCUUCCUCAGCUCCAUGCCUACCAGAGUGUUCCCUGUGACCGUCCUGCAGAACUCAGUCAAGGUCACUAAUGAACCUCCCAAAGGCCUUCGGGCCAACGUGCGUCGAGCGUUUACUGAGAUCACUCCCAGCUUCUUUGAGGAGCACAUCCUGGGCCGCAAGUGGAGGAAGAUCAUCUUUGGGGUCUGCUUCUUCCACGCCAUCAUUCAGGAGAGGAAGAAGUUUGGUCCCCUGGGCUGGAACAUCCGGUACGAGUUUAACGACAGUGACCGCGAAUGUGCGCUGCUCAACCUCAACCUGUACUGCCAGGCCGGACAUAUCCCCUGGGACGCCCUCAUCUACAUCACAGGUGAAAUCACGUACGGUGGCCGAGUGACCGAUGCAUGGGAUCAGCGCUGCCUGCGGACCAUCCUCAAGCGCUUUUUUGGUCCUAACACUCUGGCUGAUGAAUACACCUACUCUGAAUCAGGAAUCUACUACGCUCUUGCCUCGGACAGUCUCUCGGAAUACAGGAGGUACAUAGAGAACCUGCCCCUUAUUGACAACCCCGAGAUCUUUGGCAUGCACGAGAACGCCAACCUGGCCUUCCAGCGGCAGGAGACGAUGACCCUCAUCAACACCAUCCUGGAGGUACAGCCACGCUCCUCGGCCGGGGGUGGUGGCAAGAGCACAGACGAGAUCGUGCACGAGCUGGCCGAGUCCAUCCUGGCCAAGAUACCAGUGGGUUUGGACAUGGAGGAGGCUGAAAAUAGCCUGUUUGAGCGAGACGCCAGUGGGCGGCUGAACUCUCUCACCAUCGUGCUCGGACAGGAAAUGGACCGCUUCAACAACCUGCUGCGGGUGCUCAGGACGUCUCUGAACACUCUCCAGAAGGCCAUAGCGGGGUUGGUGGUGAUGUCGGAGGAGAUGGAGCGCAUCUACAACAGCUUCCUGAACAACCAGGUGCCGGACCACUGGGCCAACUCGGCCUACCCGUCCCUCAAGCCUCUGGGCAGCUGGGUAAAGGACCUGACCCUCCGCACCUCCUUCAUCGAGAACUGGAUCAUGCGGGGCCAGCCCAAAUCCUUCUGGAUCUCCGGACUCUUCUUCCCCCAAGGCUUCCUCACAGGGGCUCUGCAGAACCACGCUCGCAAGUACAACCUUCCCAUCGACGAGCUCAACUUCUGCUUCAACAUGGUGCCUGUCUACCGGGACCAGGCGCUGGUGGCUGAGCAGCAGAAAGGGUUAGCGGUUGGCGCAGAGCUGGACAUGGACCACGAGCUACCCACGGUGAAGGACGGCGUGUUGGUCCACGGCAUGUUCAUGGACGCCAGCCGCUGGGACGAUAAGGAGAUGGUGAUCCAGGACGCCUUGAAUCGGGAGAUGAACGCCAUGCUGCCCGUGGUGCACUUUGAGCCGCAGCAGAACUACGUGCCCGACGACUCCUUGUACCAUGCGCCGCUCUACAAAACCUCCAUCAGGGCAGGGACCCUCUCCACCACAGGUCACUCCACCAACUUUGUCAUCACGGUGAUGCUGCCCUCCAACCGACCCAGUGACUACUGGAUCUCCAAAGCCUCUGCAUUGCUAUGCCAACUCAAUGAGUAAUGCGUCGCCUGGGCUGCCUUACUCUAUUACUCUAUACUCUAUUAUAUCCUCAAGGCCUUAUUUUGCUUUUGUACUUUUGGCCACUGUACAUUUCCACUGCAACUGUUGAUUAAAUUACACUGCUAAUCAUGAA